GAGUUAUGUCGCCGCUAUAAGUCUCCAUGGCGACCGGCGACUCAAAGGAGCUCCGGAAGAUGAGCGAUAAGCUAUCGACGUUUCUGGAAUCUGGUAUCUACCGGUUCGAAAAUCCGAACGCAGUUUUCAUCGAUCCGGUUCGCGCCCUGAACCGCUCUUACACCAGGUUUAGGGUUUCCCCGUCUGCGUACUAUCCUCGUUUCUUCGAAUCCAAACAAGAAUCCAGGGUUUCAUCUUCUACUUCUAGAAAGCGAAAGCGGAAGGAGAAGAAGCCUCAGGCUCUCAACGACAGAGAAAAAGUCGCCGAACGAAGACACCAGGAAGCGAGGCCUUUCUUGCUGAAGGCACAUGAAUGUUUGCUGAGAGCCACUGAUCUUUUGGAGGUUAUGAGCAAUCUGCGGAGAGAUUUUGAUUCUUCGAGAGAAUGCGGGGACCUGUCAUUGCCAGAUGUUCCACAACAAUCUUUUAUUGAACUGGGACGGGUCUGGCAGACCCCUCUGUAUGAAAUUACUCUUAAUUUCCAUCAACAUGAGAAGCUGAAUGCUGAUGGAGGUUCACUAAUCAUGCAAAACAGUGAAGAAAGUGUGCUCCCUGUAUUUAAUAAUUUGGUUCUCAAUGAGACUGGUAAUGAUGUGGAGGCUGAAUUUUUGAACAGUCCAUAUGUAAUGCCACGAGAGAGUUGCUUCUACAUGUCUGAUAUCGGGCAGAUUCACAACCUGAUUCCUGCCGAGCCUGGUCGUGGAUUCAAUCUUAUUGUGGUAGAUCCACCAUGGGAAAAUGGGAGUGCCCAUCAGAAGUCAAGGUACCCAACUUUGCCCAACCGUUAUUUCUUAUCUCUUCCUAUCAAGCAACUUUCUCACACAGAUGGAGCACUUGUGGCAUUGUGGGUGACCAAUAGGGAGAAAUUGCGUGGUUUCGUUGAGAAAGAGCUGUUUCCUACAUGGGGAGUCAGAUAUGUGGCCACUUUUUAUUGGUUGAAGGUGAAAGCUGAUGGCUCGAUGAUUAAUGAUCUAGACCUCUUUCAUCAUAGGCCAUAUGAAUGCCUUAUGUUGGGCUAUUGUCACAGGGAGCCUGUGGAUUCUGAAUGCCUGCCAAAAUUCAAACCUGUACAAGAUGGUCAGAUUAUUGUUAGCAUCCCUGGAGAUUACUCAAGGAAGCCCCCAGUUGGAGGGUUGCUUCUGGAGUAUGUUCCAGGGUUCAAGCCCACUCGAUGUUUAGAACUAUUUGCUAGAGAAAUGAAUUCUGGAUGGACUUCUUGGGGUAAUGAACCCCUUCGCUUUCAAGAGUUGAGAUAUUUUAUCAAGGAUAGAUGAAUGGUACGUCGUAUUGGGGGGGCAGGGGGGGACCUCAAACUAGCAUAGUUCCUUUAGAACGAUUAACAAAUUAGGAACUAGUUGAUUAUCUUAUUUAAUUUGUCAUUAUUUGGUUUAUUUCUGAUGCUGAGAACAGGGCUUGAAUGUCCGUGUCCCCUGGAGAAACUCAUUCUUGUACGAUAUCAAAGCAUCCAUCAUGUCAUAAGAGAUGUCUCCACCUUUAUUUCGUUAUUAGGCAGUAGGCACCAUGUUAUCUUUUCCAAAAAGAGUUCGGUGAUAAGAAAACUCGAAAACAUGAAAGAGCUUUCAACGAACUAUACAAUAAACCAACCACCCUUUUACA